AUGGGCCCCAGGGCGUCCCUGAGCCGACUCCGUGAGCUGUGCGGUCACUGGCUGCGGCCGGCCCUACACACCAAGAAGCAGAUGCUGGAGCUGCUGGUGCUUGAGCAGUUCCUAAGCGUGCUGCCCCCGCACCUCCUCAGCCGCCUACAGGGGCAGCCGCUCAGGGAUGGGGAAGAAGUACUCCUGUUGCUGGAAGGAGCGAGGCUGGAGGCCGGCAGCAGCGUGGGGCCACUGGAUUUUAGCUUUAAUGCCAGCAAGAAUUACUCCGGUACAGAUGUCACCUUGGAAGAACAAAAGGGCCCUUCCCACGUCCCCAGUCAAAUCCCCAAAGUGGAAACAUUCACAGAAGAGCCUCCAGUCGCGGGUCCACUGAUGGAAGCGCCCUCAUCCCAGCCAGAGGACACCAAGCCUGCUGAGCCAGAGCCCCGGCUAUUCAGUCCAAGCUCAAAGCAGCCACAGAGUCCUGGUCCUGAAAGACCUUUCCAGACUCUCCAAGAAAGGGCGCGUCCAGGCCCUGUGCUGUGGCCACAGAAUUCUCAAGACCAAGAACUGGCCGCUGUGUUGGAGUCCCUGACCUUUGAGGAUGUCCCCAAAAAGAAGGCCCGACCUGUGUACACUGUAGGAUCUGAGAGCAGGACUCAAAACAAUGAAGAGUUUAAACUAAACCAGGCCAAAGGGGCUGCCUGGCCCCCCACCAUCUUGGGAGUGUCACAGGCAAAUAGUUCCGGGGAGGCAAACGACCAUAAGACCCAGGAACCCUGCCGGAGCCCUGGAGUGGACCACACUCCUGGGGGAGAGUCCCCACCUGACAAGGCUGAGGUUGUGGAAGCCCCAGAAACUGGAGCGCAGGCGCAUCCCAAGCCUGCGUCUGAUAUGCAGUUCAUCUGCACCCAGUGUGGGGCGAGCUUCCCGAAUAUGGCCCACCUGGAGGCGCACCACCUGCACUCGCACACCGGGGGGCGCUCCUUCCUAUGCCUGUGCUGCGGUAAGAGCUUUGGGCGCAGCUCCAUUCUCAAACUGCACAUGCGCACGCAUACGGAUGAACGACCACAUGCCUGCCACCUGUGUGACCACCGUUUCCGCCAAAGCUCACACCUGAGCAAGCACCUGCAGACACACUCGGAGCCUGCCUUCCUGUGCGCAGAGUGUGGCAAAGGCUUUCAGCAGCGGGCCAGUCUCAUGAAGCACCUGUUGGCGCACGCACGGGACCAGGGCCAAGAUCAGAAGUCACCCUGUGCUCCUGCGGAGCCCAAGACCGAGUUAAAUGUCGUCCUGUGUUCUCACUGUGGCCAAACCUUCCAGCACCGUUCCAGCCUCAAGCGCCACCUGCGCAUCCACGCCAAAGACAAGGACCACCAGUGCUCCGAGUGCGCCAGCAGCCUUCGACCGGUCCCUGAGCGCAGGCCCUACGUGUGCGACAUCUGUAGCAAGGCCUUUCGGCGCAGUGAACACCUCGUGGCGCACCGGCGUGUGCACACGGGCGAGCGUCCCUUCUCCUGCCAGGCCUGCAACCGCAGCUUCAGCCAGAGCUCACAACUGAUAAGCCACCAGCGCCUGCACACCGGCGAGAAACCCUACCCCUGUUCACAGUGCGGGAAGCGUUUUGUGCGGCGCGCCGGCCUGGCACGCCAUCUGCUGACCCACGGCGGCGCCCGGCCUCACCACUGCGCCCAGUGCGGCAAGAGCUUCAGCCAAACGCAGGACCUCACCCGCCACUGGCGCAGCCACACGGGCGAGAAACCGUGCUGCUGCACCCAGUGCGGUGAGCGCUUCAAACAGAGUGCGCAUCUGACGCGCCACCAGCGCAUCCACUCUGGUGAGAAACCCCACGCCUGUGACACCUGCGGCCACCGCUUCCGUAACAGCUCCAACCUGACCCGCCACCAACGCAGCCACACCGGGGAGCGGCCCUACAGCUGCCCGACGUGCAGUCGAAGCUUCCGGCGCAACGCUCACCUGCAGCGGCACCUGGCCACUCACGCAGGGGCUGAGGAGGAAGCUGGGGCAGAGGCAGCUGGGGCAGGGGCAGAGGCGUCUGGGGCUCCGGCUGAGGCCCCCCAGGAGUGCUUGGAGUGCGGCAAGAGUUUCAGCCGCAGCUGCAACCUGCUGCGGCACAUGUUGGUGCACAGCGGGGCAAGGCCCUACUCCUGCCCGCAGUGCGGCCGCAGCUUCAGCCGCAACUCCCAUUUGCUGCGCCACCUGAGGACCCACGCCCGAGAGAUACUGUACUAG